CAUCACCCGCUCUCGCCAGCCAACUCGGAGGGACUGUACGAGAUCGGGCCGCGCUCCUACCGCGCGCUCAAGGCCGAGCUGGAGCACCUCAUGUUCAUGAUGAAUCAAGUGUUGCCAGAGAGUGCGGACACAGCCGACGAAGCCGAAAAAGAAGUAGUGGAGCGGUGGAAGAACGACGCCGGUGAUGAGCUCAAAAAAGUAAUCGGUUUGAACGUGACAGAGAGACUGGUAAACGUCUUCAAUCCUCUCAAUGUCAAGGUGCAUUUCACGACGAAGCCGGACAGAAAGUACUUAAGCAGUUUCCUGAAGCGAUAUAACUUCGUGGCGUUCAAACGGCUGGCGGGGGUCGUUAACACGUUCGCCGCGCAGGUCAAGGGCAUCGCUGAUUUUGACGCGCUAUGCACCGCCAAGAGUAUUCAUUGCGUAACUGAAAACNAUAAUCCCGUUACUAAAGCACAAACUACUCCAGUAACUGAAGCCACUAAACCAGCACCAGCGCCUAAAGUUGCAACAACACCUAAACCGACGGCUAAAGUUGCAACACCGGCGGCUAAAGUUGAAACACCGGCGGCUAAAGAUGCAACACCAGCGACUAAAGUUACAACACCGGCAGCCAAAGUUACAACACCGGCGGGUAAAGUUACAACACCGGCGGCUAAAGUUACAACACCGGCGGCUAAAGUUACAACACCGGCGGCUAAAGUUACAACACCGGCGGCUAAAGUUGCAGCACCGGUAGCUAAAGUUGAAGCACCUAAAGCAAAAAUUGAAACUCCGACGCCUAAAGUUGAAACGCCAACGCCUAAAGUUGCACCAGCUAAGCCCACAGUUGCACAAGCCAAAACUCCAGUUGCAAAUAAAGCUCAGACUAGUAAUAAGGAUGAAGUUCCCAAGACUAAUGCUACAGUUGCUGCCAAAACUCAGAACACAGUGAAAGCUACAGCACAAACUAAGAAUACAACUAACGUUAAAACCUUAUCUAAACCCGUUGCGAAAGCAGCAACUCCAUCGAAUACUAAAGUAACCAAAAAAGUGGUCACACCUAAAAGACCACCUGCUAAAAGAAUGACUUUCCCUAACAAAAAGGCUACCAAAAAAGCAAUUGAAAAAGAUGACUUUGAAGAACUAGAUGACCACGACAUUCUAGCUCUAAUAUCUGAAGGCAUUGUCCUGGACGAAUGCAGCGGAUCUGACGUAGAUUAGAAAUAAGUUACAGAUACACUGCUGUAUCGAAAUAUUUAGUUAUUAUUUAAAGUCCUAAAUGUAAGGUAUCACAAAUGUAAUUUGUAAUGAUUAUUCUAAGUUAAAUAAUAAAUGAUUGACUCAG